AUGGUAGAGCUACUAGGAUUACCGCAGGAUGCAGUGCGCAGGGCAACUCUUAAAAUGUUGGCUAUAUUUCUCCAGGGCAACCCUCGUCAGAGUGCCCAAGAAGAAUCUUUAGGAUAUUGCAUCAGUAAGAAGUUAAGCCCUUGUCCACAAGAUGGAGGACUUGAGGUCCCAGCAGAGAGAUCUCCUCGCAGACGGAGCAUCUCCGGGACCAGCACCUCUGAGAAAACCAACUCCAUGGAUGCUUCGAAUACUUCUCCUUUCAAAGUGCCAGGCUUCUUCAGUAAACGUCUGAAAGGGUCCAUCAAGAGGACGAAGAGUCAGUCAAAGCUGGACAGGAACACAAGCUUCCGUCUCCCAUCUCUCCGCAAUGCCGAUGACAGGUCACGUGGGUUGCCAAAGCUGAAAGAGUCCCGCUCCCAUGAGUCCUUACUGAGCCCCGGCAGCGCUGUGGAGGCCCUGGAUCUUGGGUCAGAAGAAACAGUCUUUGUCAAACCACUCCACAGCAGUAUCCUUGGACAAGACUUCUGCUUUGAGGUAACUUACUCCAGCGGCAGUAAAUGCUUCAGUUGUUCCUCAGCAGCAGAAAGGGACAAGUGGAUGGAAAACCUACGCAGAACAGUGCAGCCGAAUAAGGACAACUGCCGUCGAGCUGAAAAUGUGCUCCGACUCUGGAUCAUCGAGGCAAAGGACCUGGCCCCCAAGAAGAAGUACUUCUGUGAGCUGUGCCUUGAUGACACUCUCUUUGCCCGCACCACCAGCAAAACAAAAGCAGAUAACAUUUUCUGGGGAGAGCACUUUGAGUUCUACGGUCUCCCACCUCUUCACAGCAUCACAGUUCACAUCUACAAGGAUGUGGAGAAGAAGAAGAAAAAGGACAAGAACAAUUACGUAGGCCUGGUCAACAUUCCCAUGGCCAGUGUAACUGGUCGCCAGUUUGUGGAAAAAUGGUACCCAGUCAGCACGCCUACGCCCAACAAAGGGAAAUCAGGGGGACCCUCCAUUCGGAUCAAGUCCCGUUACCAGACCAUCACCAUCUUGCCCAUGGAGCAAUACAAAGAAUUUGCAGAGUUUGUUACCAGCAACUACACUAUGCUGUGCUCUGUGCUGGAACCUGUCAUCAGCGUAAGGAAUAAGGAGGAGAUGGCUUGUGCUUUGGUGCACAUCCUUCAGAGCACUGGGAGAGCAAAGGACUUCUUGACGGAUUUGGUGAUGUCCGAGGUAGAUCGCUGCGGGGAGCAUGACGUCUUGAUCUUCAGGGAGAACACACUUGCUACCAAAGCUAUUGAGGAAUACCUCAAGUUGGUAGGGCAGAAGUAUCUUCAUGAUGCACUAGGGGAGUUUAUCAAGGCUUUGUAUGAGUCAGAUGAAAACUGUGAAGUGGAUCCCAGCAAAUGUUCAUCCAGUGAAUUAACAGAUCAUCAGAGCAACCUGAAAAUGUGCUGUGAGCUGGCCUUCUGCAAGAUUAUCAAUUCUUACUGCGUGUUCCCUCGUGAGCUGAAGGAGGUAUUUGCAUCUUGGAAGCAGCAGUGCCUGAGCAGGGGCAAGCAGGACAUCAGUGAACGCCUGAUCAGCGCCUCCCUCUUCCUCCGCUUCCUGUGCCCCGCCAUCAUGUCCCCCAGCCUCUUCAGCCUCAUGCAGGAGUACCCCGACGACCGGACGUCUCGCACGCUCACGCUCAUCGCUAAAGUCAUUCAGAAUCUCGCCAAUUUUGCCAAGUUUGGCAAUAAGGAAGAGUAUAUGGCCUUCAUGAAUGACUUUUUGGAACACGAGUGGGGAGGAAUGAAGCGUUUUCUCCUAGAGAUCUCUAAUCCAGAUACCAUCUCAAACAUGCCUGGAUUUGAAGGCUACAUUGACCUGGGCAGAGAGCUCUCAGUUUUGCAUUCCCUGUUAUGGGAAGUUGUGUCCCAGCUUGAUAAGGGUGAAAAUUCCUUCCUACAGGCGACCGUGGCAAAACUGGGGCCUCUUCCUCGUAUCCUUGCCGAUAUCACCAAAUCAAUGACCAACCCCACGCCGAUACAGCAGCAGCUGAGGCGUUUCACUGAGCACAGCUCUAGUCCAAACGUCAGUGGCAGUCUCUCCUCAGGGCUUCAGAAGAUAUUUGAGGACCCCACUGAUGGUGACUUGCAUAAGCUGAAGUCUCCAACCCAGGAAAAUGGAGAUGGGUAUUUUAGGGGCAAGACUUUAUUUUUUUUUCAGCAGGCAUCCACCCAGAGCAUGACUUACUCAGAUAAGGAUGAAAGGGAAAGCCUCCUGCCCAAUGGACGUAGCAUCUCUCUCAUGGACCUCCAGGAUCCUCACACGGCUCACAGCGACCACGCGUCCGUUAUGCACGACGUGCCUUUGCGCUUGGCCGGCAGCCAGCUCUCUAUCACGCAGGUGGCCAACAUCAAGCAGCUGUGGGAGACCCAGAGCACGCCCCAGAGCGCGCCCCAGGUGAGG